CCUCGCUUGACAAUCCCACUCCCCGGCACGGAUGGAGUAAAGGGGGUGAAUUUAGAGUCAAAAUAGAGGUUAUAAAUCUAAAAGAUCAAUUUUCUCAGACCUAGACAGUAAGAUAGCAGGUCAUCAGCCUGAGCAGGACCGGAAAGAAGACACGGUGGUGAGGGUCCGCACUAGGGCCACAUCGGAGCGUCCCCUGCCCCAAACAGUUUAGCGCGAGUCCUGAGAAUCCUGGCCUCCCCCCGACCGACAAAGCUCUCCCUUCCCACCCGUCCACAACCUUCUCUCUCCUCUUCCGAACUCCUCUCCCCAAUUACAUCUCUCCUUCAGAGAAUUCCAUCCUCCCAUCCUCUGAACCCACCCCCCUUUCACAAUGUUCAGGAACGCUCUGCGGCAGUCCAGCCGCUCCGUCGCGGCCGCUGGCCGCGUCGCUUCGGUCCGCGCGGCUGUUCCCGGCCCCCUCGCCGGUGCCUCCAAGCAGGUCCGUUCCUACGCCGCCGAGGCCAAGGCCCAGCCCACCGAGGUCUCCUCCAUCCUGGAGCAGCGCAUCCGUGGUGUUCAGGAGGAGGCUGGUCUCGCCGAGACCGGUCGCGUUCUGUCCGUUGGUGACGGUAUUGCCCGUGUCCACGGCAUGACCAACGUCCAGGCUGAGGAGCUGGUCGAGUUCGCCUCCGGCGUUAAGGGUAUGUGCAUGAACCUCGAGGCCGGCCAGGUCGGUGUUGUGCUCUUCGGUUCCGACCGUCUCGUCAAGGAGGGUGAGACUGUCAAGCGUACCGGUGAGAUUGUUGAUGUCCCCGUCGGCCCUGAGCUGCUCGGCCGUGUCGUCGACGCUCUCGGUAACCCCAUUGACGGCAAGGGUCCCCUCAAGGCCAAGGAGAAGCGCCGUGCUCAGCUCAAGGCUCCCGGUAUUCUGCCCCGUCAGUCCGUCAACCAGCCCGUCCAGACUGGUCUGAAGUGUGUCGACUCCAUGGUGCCCAUCGGCCGUGGUCAGCGUGAGUUGAUCAUUGGUGACCGUCAGACCGGUAAGACUGCCGUCGCUCUCGACACCAUGCUCAACCAGAAGCGUUGGAACUCUACCGGCGACGAGUCCCAGAAGCUGUACUGUAUCUACGUUGCCGUCGGUCAGAAGCGUUCCACCGUCGCUCAGCUCGUCAAGACCCUUGAGGAGCAGGAUGCCAUGAAGUACUCCAUCGUCGUUGCUGCCACCGCCUCCGAGGCCGCUCCUCUGCAGUACCUCGCUCCCUUCACUGGCUGCGCCAUGGGUGAGUGGUUCCGUGACAACGGCCGUCACUCCGUCAUCAUCUUCGACGAUCUGUCCAAGCAGGCCGUUGCCUACCGUCAGAUGUCUCUGCUGCUCCGCCGUCCCCCCGGUCGUGAGGCUUACCCCGGUGACGUUUUCUACCUGCACUCCCGUCUCCUGGAGCGUGCCGCCAAGAUGAACAACAAGACCCACGGUGGUGGUUCCCUGACUGCCCUUCCCAUCAUUGAGACCCAGGGUGGUGACGUGUCUGCCUACAUUCCCACCAACGUCAUUUCCAUUACCGACGGUCAGAUCUUCUUGGAGGCUGAGCUGUUCUACAAGGGUAUCCGUCCCGCCAUUAACGUCGGUCUGUCCGUCUCCCGUGUCGGUUCCGCCGCCCAGGUCAAGGCCAUGAAGCAGGUCGCCGGUUCCCUGAAGCUCUUCCUUGCUCAGUACCGUGAGGUCGCUGCCUUCGCUCAGUUCGGUUCCGAUCUUGAUGCCUCCACCAAGCAGACCCUUGCCCGUGGUGAGCGUCUCACCGAGCUGCUCAAGCAGAAGCAGUACUCCCCCAUGGCCGUCUCCGACAUGGUUCCCCUGAUCUUCGCCGGUGUCAACGGUCUCCUCGACUCCAUCCCCGUCGGCAAGAUUCUCCAGUGGGAGUCUGACCUCCUCGCUCACCUGAAGAGCAGCCACCCCGAGAUCCAGCAGACCAUCGAGAAGGAGGGCCAGCUCUCCAAGGAGCUUGAGGCCAAGCUCAAGGAGGUCAUCGGCGCCUUCAACAGCUCUUUCAACGCAUAGAUGCGCAGUGAUAACUCUUUUAACGGUUUCCUUAUCAAAACAUGAGGUUGAUCGUUUCUUGAUUUUCCCUGACUCUAUGUGUAUAGACAAGAUAGCUUGUACAAUUUUGACCCCAUUUGUUUCGUUCUGUUCUUUUCCGGCUUCUCCUUCCACAGUUCCCUUGAGCGAGAGAGAAACAAAAAUGUAUGUGAUUUCACAGAGUACUGGAUUGUAGAACGAUGUAAAGAAAUCUGCGUCGUCGACUGUGGUCCGGGAAAAGGAGAUCAUACUUAUCUUUGAUCUCUUCUCUUGCUCUCGGUGCCUGGAAAGACUAGCUGAAGCGGACAGCGUGCUGGAUGGGUGGGCUGCCAAAAUGUGAUUAUAUCCUGUACGUUUAGAUUUUUUCCGCGCAUCGGGGGGCGCGAGAUGGGAGGAGGACCAGACUAGUUCUUACUGCCGUCUGGUCUCCAUGUGUCUCUCCAUGUUGGAUCCGCAAUUCAUUUCCUUUGUUCU